CCCCCCCCCUUUCUGCAAUUAUUAUUUAUUAUUAAUUUAUUAAUUCAUGAAUUUAAUUUUAAUUUUAAAUUUUAAUAAAAAUAAAAAUUUGAUCUUUCUCUUCCCUCAAUCCCUCGCCCAUAAGCCCCAACUGGGAAUCCUUUCUUCUUCUAAACAGAGAGAGAGAGAGAGAGAGAGAGAGAGAGAGAGAGAGAGGUGUGAGGUUUGAGGAACAGUGGGUGAGUAGUACGCUGUUUGUGCUGUGUGGGUGAAGAACCCACAAAGAAAUUUGGGAUUUUGGGGGCGUCGGAUGCUCGUGAAGAGGGAGAGAAUGGAGGGCAUCGACGAGGAGGCGGAGGCGGGGGCGGAGGAGGAGGUGCUCGGGUCGAGCUUGACGAUGGAGAAGGUGGCCGCGGCCAAGCAGUUCAUCGAGAACCACUACCGGACCCAGAUGAAGAACAUUCAGGAGCGCAGGGAGAGGCGAUGGGUAUUGGAAAGAAAAUUAGCUUCUUCAGAUGUUCCCAAGGAAGUGCAAAUCAAUCUGAUCAAGGAUUUGGAGAGGAAAGAGACAGAAUUCAUGCGACUUAAGAGGCACAAGAUAUGCGUUGACGAUUUUGAGCUCUUAACAAUAAUUGGAAGGGGUGCUUUUGGUGAGGUUCGACUAUGCAGGGAGAAGAAAUCUGGAAACAUCUAUGCAAUGAAGAAGUUGAAGAAAUCUGAAAUGCUUAAGCGGGGCCAGGUGGAACAUGUUCGAGCAGAGAGGAACCUGCUGGCAGAAGUUGCCAGUCACUACAUUGUGAAAUUGUACUACUCGUUCCAGGAUGCUGAGUACUUAUACCUAAUCAUGGAAUAUCUACCUGGUGGAGACAUGAUGACUCUUCUUAUGCGAGAGGACACAUUGACUGAAGGUGUUGCUAGAUUCUACAUAGCCCAAAGUGUCCUGGCAAUAGAGUCUAUUCACAAGCAUAACUAUAUUCACAGGGAUAUUAAACCUGACAACCUUCUCCUUGAUAAAGAUGGUCAUAUGAAGCUCUCCGACUUUGGCCUUUGCAAGCCUCUUGAUUGUGCAACUCUAUCUGUAAUUCAUGAAAAUAGGACAAUGGAGAAUGGAAACUCAACAGAAGCUAUGGAUAUUGAUGGGUGUUUACCUGACACUGAUAACGGUAGCAGCUGGAAGAGCCCCCAUGAACAACUUCAGCACUGGAAAAUGAACAGGAGGACACUGGCUUUUUCAACUGUUGGGACUCCAGAUUAUAUUGCUCCAGAGGUUCUGCUAAAGAAAGGAUAUGGCAUGGAGUGUGACUGGUGGUCACUGGGAGCAAUCAUGUAUGAAAUGCUUGUUGGGUAUCCCCCUUUUUAUUCGGAUGACCCAAUAACCACAUGCAGAAAGAUUGUUCAUUGGAAAAAUCAUCUGAAAUUUCCGGACGAUACAAAAAUUACAACAAUGGCAAAAGACCUGAUUUGUAGAUUGCUCUGUGAUGCUAAGCAUAGACUUGGUUCUGGAGGGGCUGGACAGAUCAAGGCCCAUCCUUGGUUUAAUGGUGUUGAAUGGGACAAGCUCUAUGAAAUGGAUGCAGCUUUCAAACCAGAGGUGAAUGGAGAGCUUGACACACAGAACUUCAUGAAAUUUGAUGAGCUGGAUCCACCGACAAGUGCACGAACUAGCUCAGGGACCUCUCGGAAGAUGCUGUUGACUCCAAAAGAUCUGAGUUUUGUUGGCUAUACAUACAAAAACUUUGAUGCUGUUAAAGGGUUGCACCGUUCUUUUGUCCCUGCAGAUAUUGAGAGAAGUAUGUCUCAGGGGCGCACAUCAGUUUCUUCAGUAUCAAGUGAUCCUGGGCCAGACUGUGUUAGCAAAAUGAACAUCGAGGACUCGGAAGCGUGGAUGCUCGAAUCAUCAAGUGACCCCAUGCUACCAUAGAAAGAGAACAAACUGGUGAUUUUCAUCAUUUUCUUCUGUCUACAUUUUGCCUGCUUCUUCUUCUUUUUUUCCCGUUAAUUUUUAUUUAUCUCUAGUUCGAGAACUCCACACUUUGGUGGGUUUGGGUGGCUUGCGUAUCAUCUGUGGCAAGCCCCCUCCCUUGUAAGUGUAUAUAUCAAAUAUCUUGUGGAAGAAAAACCGUCUAUUGUGGAUGGGUAGGAGGAGGAGAACUUCAUUUCAGUAGCAAGUUUCGGGUUUCUUGUAAAAUUGAACUCGUAGGACAGGAUUUGUCGGGAUAAAAAACGCAAAGUAUGGUGGCUGCCCAGGUUGGUUCGGUGACGCACCAGCACUAAGCCUUCUCUUGUGGCCAGCUUCUUGUUUGUUGUUAUGAUCAUGAAUGAAUGAAUUGAACUAUCAGUUGAAGUUUCCUA